AUGUUUUGGUAACAUUUGCGCACCGGGUCACGGUACCGGCAGAGCACCGGCGCAUUGGCCGGUCACUUCUUUGAGCGAGCUCACGGCUGGCCCAGUCCCAAUGCAUCUUCAAAAUGGACUGGAAUUGACACAUAACCGAAAUAUGAGAACCUACUGACAUUUUCUAUCGUCGUGCCUACCCGCCAGGGUGAAACUAAGCACUGAAAUCCUGAACUAAAGCCGUUCCGGCAAUGACAACCCCAGUGUUCUUAUCCCCUGCCUUACCAUCCGACUUACUCUUAUACGUGUUGAGACGCCAUGUGUAUCCCACGACGCUCGUUAUAUGUUCUUCACAAGCCGAUUUUCUGACAGCGGCCUCUGAGGACAUAUCGAGAAAAUGGCACAGGAGUACACCAACCGACCGGGACCACCAAGAACUUGGUGAAGGAGAAUCCAGCCAGCACCAAGACUCGAUAGAAGAGGAAGCAGAAGGGAAACAUGCGCUCCUGUCUUCGCCUCUCUACCAGAUCGCAGCAUCUCGUCAUAUCCACGUAGUCUACGUGCCAACCGUCACUCACUUACGCGCCUAUCUCUCCGCCUUCUCACCAGAUGAAUCUAGAGUGCCAGCCCCGCCGUUCACUUCGGAAGGAGAUGGCGAACCACAUAUCAUUUUGUAUGGCUUACUCAAUCUGCAUCGUGACACGAGUGAAUGGAGCGCACAAGGUCUCAUUAAUACGACCUCGGCUCUGGUGGGGUUGGCCCAUCGUCUAUCUUGGAGAGCCUUUGUCAUCGAGCCACUGAGCGAUCUAGAAGAUAUAGCCCUGGAAGAAAUGUUACAGGAGACAUUGCCUAUACUAAAAGGGGGGGCACGAAGACUAGGGCCGAAGUUCGAAGAGGGUGCUUGGUCUGGUCGGACGGUUGAGAUUGGUAGAGCCUUAGGUCGGUGGUUCCGCUUCCAAAGAGCACAGUGGAGCAACAUUGGCUGUAAUGAUCAAGUAUUUAUAAAACAGAGUGACCAACUCGAAUCACAUAUUUCUAUCUCCCAGGCCGGGGAAUAGCUAUUUGAAAUCAGAGGCCGCCAGUACAACAUGCCUAUCAAGCAUGUUCAACGCAUGCUCAAAAUCCCCGUGAACGCCAGCAAUG